GAUGAUUUUAACAAGAGGACAUGUUUGUCUACAUGCUGUUUACUUGGACAUUCAGUCACAGCAAUACACAAUUAUAAAGAUGUUUUUACCUUAUGCAUAAGCGUCAAACGAAAAUGGAUCCUGUGAAUACAAGCGAGGCGGUCAUGUCAGGCACAGAAGUGAGAAAUAAAGGAGAAAGCAGAGAUGAAGCUGUUGUGUUGGGAAAUUCAGCAACAUUAGCUCUUUCUGACACGAAUCUAGUGUGUGUUGAAUAUCCAGCGGUGGUCAACAAUGUGAACAGAAUGCUGGACAGCAUUGGAGGAGAACAAGGAGUGUCAAAAACAUAUGCAGACUCUUCAAAAAGAAUUGAGCUUCGCUUUCGGCCAGGGGAUCCGUUCUGUCAUCCUGCUUACGGCAAUCGCUACUCCUCCACCAACCUGCUGCUCAGAGUUCGACGAAGGACCCGCAGAGGGAACAGUUCAGAGACCCAAAUCAGCAUGGAGAUAGUAGGACUUAUAGGAACCACCUAUAAGUUUCAAGGAAUGGCUGACUUCCAGUAUCUGGCAACUCACAGCGAUCCAGAAGGCAACCAGGUCUCCCUGUACGACAAGAUCAUUUUGCGCAAACCAGAGAAGAAGGAAUUCUACGACAACCCUGUGCCUCUUUUCAUUCCUCCCCCUAUUUUCUCUCGUCUGGACAUGCCUGUGGAUUACUUCUAUCGGCCUGAUGUAAUGCACAACAAGGACACUGCGUUUCAAUCCGCUCUCAUGAAAGAUCAUAUUAUCGCCCCAAAUCGGGCUCGCCGGCCAAACAAUGCCAUUUUUGUCAACUUUGAUGACAAGACCAUACCAUCAGAACCUCUGGAGGCUGCAGUGGCCAGCUGGAAGAAGCUCUGUGUUCAUCCUAACGAUUUAAAGGCCGAGAAGCAAAUCACACAGCUUUUCGAGAAAAGACCCAUAUGGUCUCGCAACGCCGUCAAGGCCAACAUCAACAUCCACCCUGAGAAAAUGAAGCACCUCCUGCCAUUUGUGGCAUACUACGCGUUAACAGGGCCAUGGAGGAGUUUGUGGGUCAGGUUUGGAUAUGAUCCUCGAAAGAUACCAGGAGCUAAAAUCUACCAGGUUUUAGACUUCAGAAUCCGCUAUGGAAUGAAGCAUGGAUUUGGUGUCAAUGACAUGCCAGUGAAAUCCAAGAGAAGUGCUUAUCAUUACAGCCGCCCAACUACUAUCAACAGGGCAGUUCCUCUACCUGCUAGUGUGACAGACAUCCCCCAGGAAAGCACUUCAUCUUCAGGACCUGUCACUGCAAAGUACAUGCUUAAGGAAUCCGUCUACAUCUUUCGGGAAGGAAUGCUGCCUCCAUAUCGACAGAUGUUCUACCAGUUGUGUGAUCUGGAUGUAGAAAAAAUACAGAACAUCAUCCAUAAGAAUGAUGGGAAAGAGGAAGUGUGUGAUGAGAGAGAUGGCUGGUGUGUUCCUCACACGGCCGAUGAGCUCAGAAACAUCAUCUCAGGAAUGAUCCAGCAAUACGUCAAAGCCAACCGCCCUGGUCCAUCCACCCAGAAGCCUGUAAAAAGAAGAGCCAAAGUUGACAGCGGAGAAGAGGAUGAUGAAGAUGAUGACGAUGAUGAAGAUUUCAAGCCCUCUGAUGGUAGCGACAAUGAAAUGGAAACUGAGAUUGCAGAUUACAUGUAACUGCCCUUUAGUUUCAUCUGUGGAACUAAUACUUUUGAUAUGUAAAUGGUAGUGCUGUCAAAUGAUUAAUCGCAUACAAAAUAAAAGUUCAUGUUUUUCAAA